GAUCCAUCCUUGCAACCAAUUAUGGCUAUCAUGAUUGCUAAGUGGGGCGGCGAGAAUCCUGAUGAGGAUGACGAUGGUGCUGAUGAUGGCGAGGGCGAUCCAAGCGGCGGCGAGGACGCCGAGGAUUUCGCAGCCCCUGCAGUGGUCGCUGCUGAGCCUGCAGACCCCUACAUGUUACCGGAUGGGCAGCUGUUCGUACCGUUUUCUGAUGAUGAGGUCGAAGAGAUGCCGGCGCUUGGGGAUGAUCCUGGUCCUACUCCAGACAAUCAGAAGCCUCAUGAGAUGCCGGUGCUUGGGGAUCGUGUGCCUACUCCAGACAAUCAGAAGCCUCCUGAGAUGCCCGUGCUUGGGGAUCAUGUGCCUACUCCAGGCAAUCAGGAGCCUCCUGAGAUGCCCGUGCUUGGGGAUGAUCGUGUGCCUACUCCAGACAAUCAGGAGCCUGAGAUGCCCGUGCUUGGGGAUCCUGUGCCUACAGACAAUCAGGAGCCUGAGAUGCCCGUGCUUGGGGAUCGUGUGCCCACAGACAAUCAGGAGCCUGAGCCUUCGGUGCUUGGGCAGGAUCGGGUGCCUACUCCAAACCAUCAGGAGCCUCAGAUGCCGGUGCUUGGGGAUCUUGUGCCUACUCCAGACAAAAGCCGAGCCCUGCAAGGUCUCGGGGUCACAAUGGUGGCGACUCCCUGUGUCAAUUUCAAGCCUCCACCCAUGAUUGAGAGGAAGUCGCAUCUCACGAGUUCAGCUGGGGCCAAAUUGGACCGCAUGCUCGAGCUUAGGAAAAAGUUGGCAGAGAAGCAGGCCAUGAGAUCUGCCCUCCACAACCAACCCGCGAGUGACCCGAGCUCCUUGGACACGCAGCCCCUCGACAUCUUCAAGGCAGCCGUUCGCCAAGAUUCCAUCACCUCGGCUCCCGAGGUCUUCAGUGUUCUGGAUUUCAAGGCGGAGGUCAGCAGAACGGACCAGUUCGCGGGAAAAAGGAAGGCAGCCGAUCCUGGAAGUGAUGACGAUGUUACAAUGGAUGGGCAUGCUGACGACCCGUGGAGCAAGGACGGCGACAAGGACGAUGAUGAGCCCGUUCCGAUGAAGCGACCGGCGGCCAAGCAGCUCAAGACGGGUCCUGGACCAGCCAAGCCGAAAGCAAAGGCGAAAGGCAAAGCGGCGGCGAAGGCGAAAGGCAAGUCCGACGAUGCCGAGGCGACAGGCAAGUCCGACGAUGCGAAGGCGACAGGCAAGUCCGACGAUGAGGCCGACGAGCAGGGCGACGCAAAGUCCGACGAUGCCAAGGCGACAGGCAAGUCCGACGAUGAGGCCACCCAAGAGGCAAGCAAGCCGAAAGCAGAGGCGAAAGGCAAAGCGGCGAAGGCGAAAGGCAAGUCCGGCGAGAAGGAGAAAGCGACGGUGAAGGCGAAAGGCAAGUCCGACGAGAAGGAGAAAGCGGAGAAAGGCAAGGCCGGUGAAGGGGAGUUCAAGGAGAAGGUGUUCGCUCGCCGUCCACGCCCGAAUCCCCCGGACCAGGCCUUGCAAUGGCAAGUGAUUCGAGAUGUCUUCGACAGCCACAUCAAGCCUUCCUUGCAGUAUCCUUCGAAACAUGAGUAUCCUUGGUACGACACCGUCAAGCCCCUCCUCCCCGCCGACAGCACGCUCGACAAGUACCUCAAGAUUGCCCGUGGGCAGGUUAGUGACUUCUUGAAGUCCGUCUCAAAGAAGUGA